ACGCGAGCCGAGCCUGGUCGAGACGCUUCUCAACGCCACGCCCCCUCACCUAACCGGGCCGACGACCCAAGGGCCCAAGCACCAGCCACCCUCUCUCUCUCUCUCUCUCUCUCUCUCUCUCUCUCCUCUCCGCCGCCGCCACCCCGCCGCCUCCCUCCUCCGGCGACCGCCGCGGGCAGAGCGCGACAAGAGGGAGGGAGGAGAGCUCGCCCGAGGUGGGGGCAGGGAGCGCGAGGAGAGGGUGAGGGGAAGAUGGUGAGCUCUUCGUCGCCGGUGGUGAACGUGUACCCGCUCGCCAACUACACGUUCGGCACCAAGGAGCCCAAGAUGGAGAAGGACACCUCCGUCGCCGACCGCCUCGCCCGCAUGAAGGUCAACUACAUGAAAGAAGGAAUGCGGACCAGUGUUGAAGCAAUCCUAUUGGUGCAAGAACACAACCAUCCCCACAUACUGCUGUUGCAAAUUGGUAAUACAUUUUGCAAGCUUCCUGGUGGACGUUUGAAGCCUGGAGAAAAUGAAAUUGAGGGUCUGAAAAGAAAGUUAUGCAGUAAGCUUGCAGUGAACUCGCCUUCCUUUCCACCUAACUGGCAGGUUGGAGAGUGUGUUGCUGUAUGGUGGAGGCCAAACUUUGAGACUGUGAUGUAUCCUUACUGCCCUCCACAUAUAACCAAGCCCAAGGAGUGCAAGAAGCUUUUCAUUGUUCACCUAUCUGAAAGAGAGUAUUUUGCUGUUCCGAGGAACCUGAAGCUGCUUGCUGUUCCACUGUUUGAACUCUAUGACAACGUUCAGCGAUAUGGGCCAGUCAUUUCCACCAUUCCGCAGCAGCUGUCUAGGUUCCAGUUCAACAUGGUUAGCUCGUGAAGGUGAUGAGAGAUGGAGAUUAGUGUGCACUAGGCUCUAUUUGAUGGGAUCUUCAACGGGCUGAACUACCUAAUCGACUUGGCAUGACUAAUUUGUUCUAUCACAGAGAAUUUCCAUGAAUUAGCUUGGGAAAAAUAUUCUGGAUCCAUCGUUGGACUGUUAGCUGGACAUGCAUUUCGACUGUAUUUUGUUGGAUUGUUUUGUAUCACAUCGCAAAGCUGGUGCCUGGUGUAUUUUUAGAUGAUCUUUUGUUGGCUCUGCACGCUAAUUGUUGGUGUACAUGGCUCUGUAUGCUUACUGCCUUGAUGUUGUAUGCUGUAGCUGUAACUCUUCAGGCUGCCUAGCUUUUUUUUCUAGCCAGGAACUCCCCCUCUUAACUGUAAAAAUGCUUUGGAUUUAAGACAACAUAGAGAGGAUUAAGCUUUUUACAGUGUUC